AUGCACGUCACCAAAUCCCUGACUGCCCUGCUCGCUCUGAGCACGGGAGCCCUCUCCUACAAGAUUCGCAUCUUCUCGAGCCGCGACUGCUCAGCGGGCGGCGGCGCUGCGCAGGAGAUCAAUGUGGAGGACAACACGUGCAGAUGGACCGACCUGCGCGUCAACGCGAGAUCCUUCCGCGUGCUGGCCUAUGGAGCCGGGCGCCAAAGGGCCGAAUUCUACGACUCCGGCUGUUUCCCCGGUACCAGUGCUGUCAUUCAGUCUUUCUGGGCCGAUGGGGGCAGCGACCAGUUUAAGAAGGACAGGUGUAUCAACCUGUCGCGCGUGGCGCGUGCCUAUGCUUCUUGGUCCCGUUGA